AUGUUAACUCGGAAGGUUUCAAAAAUCAUAGACCGAGUCAACGUCGGCACUCCAAGCGCCCUGGACCAGGUCAGCGGGGCCACUCCAGGCACUCACGCACUGCCGGGGGCCCAGGACCGCGCUGGGACAACCGCGACGGCUGUCUCUGGCCUGCAAUCCACCGCUGGCGGCCGACCUGCGGCCUUCUGCCACCCCACCUCUUCAACCACGCCGUCGGCCAAGGAAUCCUUCAGAAAAGCGGCUGUGGAGGCUGGCGGCCGACCUGCGGCCUUCUGCCACCCCACCUCUUCAAACACGCCGUCGGCCGAGGAAUCCUUCAGAAAAGCGGCUGCAGAGGAUGACAUGACCGACGAUUUGUCAGACAACUCCGAUGAAGAGUCUGAGCCCUCGCCUUUGGCUGUGUUGCGCUCCAAGGUCGCGCCCACUCAGGAGAUCUGA